AUGUUUCGCAAGAAGAAAAAGAAGAGGCCUGAGAUAUCAGCGCCAAAGAACUUUGAGCACCGCGUCCACACCUCAUUUGACUCCAAGCGUGGCUGCUUUGUGGGCUUGCCGACGCAAUGGCAGAGCCUGAUAGAGAACCUGCGCCGGCCCAAACCCAUGGUGGACCCUUCCAGGAUCACAGAGGUGGAGCUGAGGCCAAAGAAGACCAUUGUGCGGGGGAGCAUGAUCGGUCACGGAGACUACAUCGCAGCCAUGAUCAAUGAUAUGAACCGUCUCUCUGUGACCAGCUCGAACUCUUUGAGGAAGAGCAGCCCCUCGGCCAGGAAGAGGGCCCAGUCACUGGGAAGGCUGGGGGAAGUGAACGAGGGAGACGCUUACCAGUACGAGGGCCUGACCCAGGACGACGAAGACGACGAGGAUGCGGGUCAAGACCAGUGGAGGGACAGGGCAAGGAAUAUCCACAGCGAGACCAACACCCCUUACUUGGGCAUGAAGAAGAGCAUCACUCUGCAGCCUAAUGGGAUCUUGCCAAAGGCCAAGUCCACCUACGAAGUCAGUGUCAGCUCCCUGGAGGGACCCUCGCAACCGGUUCAGUCCCAGAACAUCCCGGUGCUAAGUCACGGGGCUUAUUUGGGCGGUGAGGUGGGCAGCCCUCAGGAGAGAGUGAUAUGGAAGAGAGAUUUCCAGCUUCCCAGGGGAAUGCCACCAAGUCAGAGACCUAUAGCUUGUUUUUACAGCCCAGCUAUGACUGUACAGCAGUCCCAUGGCGAUCAAGCGACAGUGACCACGGAGUUCCGGCCCAACGUACCGAUGUACAUGCACCCCCAGAACAGCCCCGGGAGGCCGUUCUCCUCCUAUGACCUGAAAGCAGAAUCGGCAGUGAGGUACCACUCCGGCUUCCUGCCCACUGGCAACAGCAGUCCUCUCGUUGGUGGCAUCAGACCCCAGCGAACCGUGCGGUCCUCGGCUAGCUACACGCUGGGCCUGUCUCCUAACAUGGGGCUGAGGCCCAAUGGGCCUGACCCCUUCCUCAGACACUCUGGAUGCCCCAUUCCUCCCUACCCCCGGCAGGACAGCCCUUCCCAGCCUCGACCCUCUCCUACAGGCUCACUAGCCACCAGUCCUCCAGGCACCUGUUCCCCUGCUUUCAGACCUCCACAACAUCCUUCACCCAGACCACCUCCAGACCCACCCAAGGUGACCCAUGAACAGUUUAAGGCGGCCCUGCAGAUGGUGGUGGACAAGGGCGAUCCACGGUCUUACCUGGAGAACUUUGUGAAGAUCGGGGAGGGCUCGACGGGGGUGGUGUGCAUCGCUACGGAGAAGCACAGCGGCAGGCAGGUGGCGGUGAAGAUGAUGGACCUGCGGCGGCAGCAAAGGAGAGAGUUGCUCUUUAAUGAGGUGGUCAUCAUGAGGGACUACCAGCACAGGAACGUGGUGGAGAUGUUUAAAUCAGCCCUGGUGGAGGAGGAGCUGUGGGUUAUCAUGGAGUACCUGCAGGGUGGAGCACUGACCAACAUUGUGUCUGAGACCAGGCUGAGUGAAGAGCAGAUUGCCACGGUGUGUGAAGCUGUUCUGCAGGCCCUGGCCUAUCUCCAUUCACAGGGAGUCAUCCACAGAGACAUCAAGAGCGACUCUAUACUACUCACAUUAGACGGAAGGGUCAAGCUUUCAGACUUUGGCUUCUGUGCUCAGAUCAGCAAGGACAUCCCUAAGAGGAAAUCUUUAGUGGGGACACCCUAUUGGAUGGCUCCUGAGGUCAUCUCCAAAUCGCCAUAUGGCACUGAGGUGGAUGUUUGGUCAAUGGGUAUCAUGGUGGUGGAGAUGGUGGACGGAGAGCCCCCGUACUUCAGUGAAACCCCUGUAGCAGCUAUGAAGAGACUGAGGGAUGAGCUGGCUCCUACUGUGCGAAAUGUCAGCCAGAUCUCCCCAGUUCUAAAAGACUUCCUGGACCGUAUGCUGACCCGGGACCCCCUAGAGCGGGCCAGCGCCACUGACCUGCUGGAGCACCCCUUCCUGCUGCAGUGUGGCUCACCUCAGUGCCUGGUCCCGCUGGUGGAGCAGUACCGCAAGCGCAUGUCCCGUUGCUGACCCCGUGGGGCUCCCGCUCCCCAAACACCCAACUUCAGUCUGACCUGUCCAGGCGAGGACCAGCACCGGGGUCCAACUCCUCUAGCACCCAAGCCAACGGGAGAUCAGCUCUAGAGAAGCAGACCCAGAUAGCGUGUUGCUGCCAAAGUGACGGUGGCACGACGGCAAAGUUUGGUUGACAGACACCGCAUGGUCUCAGGCAUGAGAGAAGCACUUUAGGAGUGAGUUAAAGGCAGCAUGCAAUUCCUCACCUCUCGACUCGGUUCGAUCCGAAUAUUGAUUGGCUUCCUGUAACAUUCAGCGGGAUUCAACACGACACGACAUGGUGCAUAUCAACUGAUAGCAAAACUCAAUAUUCCACCUAACUUAUAUGUAAUGGACAUGUGCUACUCUAAAGAUCCUUUAUAGUGUUCAUAGUGGGCAUUAUUGCUAGCAGUGUAAAGCUUAUAAAGCUGGUGUUAGGCUCAAACCACAGUAGCUCAUUGUGACAUUAUUAAGGAAGGAUAAAGUUACCUCUGCACACUCACACUCUGUUGUGGAAACUGGACAACAAGCUGGUCAGUACACUCCACAAACACUGACAAUAGACUCUUUGCAUGGCCAAACGGAGGCACACCUGGCCUGAUGUGAAUGCUUGAAUAUGUACCAAACUGGGAUGUGAAAGACAAUUCUCCUUUAUUAGCAUAAUAAAUGGGUAGAUGAAAGCCCAGCUGCUACCAUUGGGCUGUUGGACGAUCACCAGUACCAUAUUCCUCUUUUUCAUAUUUAUUCUUUAUUUCCAAAAGGUGUUGUGGGUUGUUUGUAUGAUGUGAAGUUGCAAAUAAGGUUUCAUUAUAAAGUAUGGACUUGAAACAUGAGCAGAUAAAUUAAUAAUGUAAAUAAAAAUACUGAAUAUUAGGUCCUUGUACCUGCUGAUCUACUGCAGUAAAUUAUAUAAGAUGAAUACUUUUCUUUACUGAAAUGUGAGUGUAUAGUUGUAUGUAUGUGUGCAUGAGCACAUGGGCACAUGGGUGUGUGUGUGAGGUGACAUCUCAGUGUUUGCUUCUGAUACGAUCCUCUUUGUAUUGUGACAGACUUUUUGAAAAACCACAAGACGUGCGUGUCGCUCUUCCAGAAGAUGUGUAUGACUGUAUUUGCAUUUGUUUGCCUAGAUAAAGCACACAGGCCUGGCAUGUGAUGCUGCAGGACGUCCACCUGCUGAGAAACACUUUGCACAUAAUAGUCUUUGUAUUCUUGACACGGAUACAUGUUGACGUGUUUCAUGUAUUUCUAUCUCUGUGUGGAUCAUUCAUGAAAAAGAGAAUUACACAUUUUAAUUUUGUAUAAAUCAAUAAAUGAUGCAUAUUGAA